UCUAUCCCCAAUCAGAUCCUCUACUAAACCACGGGUUUCUGAUCGAUAACACCAACCACCUUAGAGACAUACGCCAUAUUAGUAACCUUCCGUGAACCUUCCGACUUCACAUGCUGUGUCAGGGCAAUCGUUUCAACUUGCAGCAGAGGAUAGUCAACUCACUUAUCUUCUAAACGGUUCUUGAGUUACUCUAGCACCCAACUGGAACAACUCACAACUAACACCAUAGCCCAUUUGCCUCAUGAUCAGAGCAAACCCCCACAUUGCUUCUCUCCAAGGCUAUGCCUUCGGCCAUGAUUCCCGAUAAGGCAGCCCAACGGACAACGUCCACGCUACGGCCGGGGAUUUCUAUAUAACCCGCCAAUUCCAUGUUCUCAUACAGCCUCGUGCUAUUAUAGACCCUGCAGUUCAACGUAGUAUCUCAGGCGGAGGUCCAAGAACGGCCGACUUAUAAGCUGGCAGUUCUCCAGCUGAAAGAUUGACCUCUGAGUCUUGGAUCAACAGGCCAGAGCUACCGCCACAUACUUGAUACAUUGCCCACCUUCACAGCCGGAAGCAAGAUGGUGCUCGUUACUCAACUUCUGUCGGGCUUUGCCCUGGUUUCAGGCAUCCUCGCAUCACCCAUCGAGCGCCGUUCUGUUAUUAACCACGAUGCUGUCGUUGGGUUUCCACAAACUGUUCCAUCCAAUACAGCUGGGUCACUCUAUCUGAAGUACAAGCCUUACCUCAAGGUCUUCAACGGAUGCGUGCCCUUCCCUGCCGUUGAUAGCAACGGAAACACUGGAGGAGGCCUAGCCACAAGUGGCUCAUCUAAUGGAGGUUGCAGUAGCAGUACGGGCCAGGUCUACGUACGAGGCGGGACUUCCAAUGGCCGCUACGGUAUUAUGUAUUCUUGGUAUAUGCCAAAGGAUUCACCCUCUCCCGGACUAGGGCAUCGCCACGACUGGGAAAACGCCGUGAUAUGGUUGUCUGGUGAAAGCACAAGUGCUACAGUUGUUGGCAUGGCAGUUUCUCAACACGGAGGAUAUGACAAGAGAACAUCUGGUACGUUCUCCGGAAACAGUCCUUUAGUGGGAUAUACUGCCAUCUGGCCUACCAAUCACCAAAUGAUCUUUACCAACGAAAAAGGUGGCCAGCAGCCGCUGGUUGCCUGGGAGAGCUUGACCGCUGCGGCUCGUACAGCUUUGACAAACACUGACUUCGGCAGUGCCAAUGUCCCAUUCAAGGACGGAAGCUUCGAGUCAAAUUUGGACAAGGCAGCCGUCUAAAAGCCCCCAUAGAUUCUCACGUGUGCAAGAGACGUCUGAAAGGGAUUGACAACGGUUCAGUCCUCUAACCUGCAAGAGUCCUAGUAUAUAUGUGUUAAUUGACAGCCUUAGUCGGUUUUCGCAUAACGGAUAUCCUCUCAAAGAAGUACAUAUUCCCAAUAAUCUCUGCACGCCUAGGUGAUUCGGGUUUCCAGAUAUUGCAUC